GCGCCCACCAUGGUGCGAUGCGACCGCGGGCUGCAGAUGCUGCUGACCACGGCCGGAGCCUUCGCCGCCUUCUCACUCAUGGCCAUCGCCAUCGGCACCGACUAUUGGCUCUACUCCAGCGCGCACAUCUGCAACGGCACCAACCUGACCAUGGACGACGGGCCCCCGCCCCGCCGCGCCCGCGGCGACCUCACCCAUUCGGGACUGUGGCGGGUGUGUUGCAUCGAAGGGAUCUACAAAGGGCACUGCUUCCGGAUCAAUCACUUCCCCGAGGACAAUGAUUACGACCAUGACAGCUCCGAGUACCUCCUUCGCAUCGUGCGAGCCUCCAGCGUGUUCCCCAUCCUCAGCACCAUCCUGCUCCUGCUGGGAGGGCUCUGCAUCGGCGCUGGCAGGAUCUACAGCCGCAGGAACAACAUCGUGCUCAGUGCUGGCAUCCUCUUUGUGGCUGCAGGCCUCAGCAACAUCAUAGGCAUCAUCGUCUACAUUUCCAGCAACACGGGCGACCCCAGUGACAAGCGAGACGAAGACAGGAAGAACCACUACAACUACGGCUGGUCCUUCUACUUCGGGGCGCUGUCCUUCAUCGUGGCCGAAACCGUGGGCGUCCUGGCUGUAAACAUUUACAUUGAGAAGAAUAAAGAGCUGAGGUUCAAGACCAAACGGGAAUUCCUCAAGGCCUCUUCCUCGUCCCCUUAUGCCAGGAUGCCGAGCUACCGGUACCGGCGACGGCGCUCCCGGUCCAGCUCCAGGUCCACCGAGGCCUCGCCCUCCAGGGACGCAUCUCCCGUGGGCCUCAAGAUCGCCGGGGCCAUCCCCAUGGGCGAGCUGUCCAUGUACACGCUGUCCAGGGAGCCCCUCAAGGUGACCACGGCGGCCAGCUACAGCCCCGACCAGGAUGCCGGCUUCCUCCAGGUGCACGACUUCUUCGAGCAGGACCUGAAGGAGGGCUUCCACGUCAGCAUGCUGAGCCGGCGGACCACCCCUGUGUGA